AUUAAUAAAUUUGCUUCUUUUUAUUUCAUCGUUUGUACUUAGUAUCGCUCGUUUCCUGGUCCCGACCUAUUUCUACAGAAGCUUAAAGAUAGAGUGACACUUCAACGCAGAGAUGACGGCCGAGUUUAUGUCCGGACUUAUUGUGGGUCCUGUAGAGGUAAACCAUGCUCAACUCAUGAUCCAACGUCGCGCUUCAGCACAAGAAAAGAAGUCCAAAGCGACUAGCAUUCGUUUCAAAGCUUUAGCAUUCGAAGGUGAGGCGUCCACCUCGAGCAGAAGAGAAUCCAGAAGUAACUCUAGUCCACAUCUCCAGUCUGGAUCAGCCAGCACUACCAGUGGAAUGAUGAGGUCGUUCAGGAAGAGUAUAAGAAACAGGAUGUCUCAAGGUCAGAGGUCGAGGCGGAGAUCUGCAGGGGUCCGUCCAGACCGCUCCAUGCCGAAUAUAAAGUUCCCUCUUGGUGGGAUUGCUGGGGUGUACGAUAUCAGCAGACUAAUCUUUGGAAAAGUAUACAACAAGCUAAAGCCAGAUGACCCUGAUAAAGUGGUAGACAUAGAGAGUCAAGAUGAGCAGGUUGGAUACGAGUUCAGCACUACCCAGAUAAAGGAGUUCAGAAAAGUGUUUAACGCAUUUGAUCGGGACGGAAACGACUCGAUCGGAACAGAAGAGUUGGGACCCGUUCUCAACGCGUUAGGAUAUUCUCCUUCAGACUUGGAUAUUCAGAAGGUGUUAUCAAGAUUCGAUGCAGAUCACUCAGGGGACUUGUCGUUUGAAGAGUACCUGGCCCUCAUGGCGGUGUGGGUAGAGGAGGACGAAACUCAGAUAAUCGAGGCUUUUAAGGUGUUCGACAAGAGCGGAGACGGUUUUGUAACAAUAACUGAACUCAAGAGGGCACUUUGCAGAUUUGGUGAAAAAUUCAGUGAAGAGGAAGCAGACGAGUUCUUCGCUUUAAUAGAUGUGAAUAAAGACGGGAUUAUAAACUAUGAAGAGUUUGUCAAAUAUAUGUUAUCAGAGAUUAAUAGGGGUCCACCCCCUAGACAAGUAAAGACUUGAGAAGUUUGCACUCGCGAAGAAAACAAUCACGUGCGAAUGUAUUCGAAGGAAGUUGGCGCGCAAAGAGUUCCCGAUCAUAUGAAUAGAUCCGGAUAUGAAAAAUGAAUACAUGAAGAAGUCAAAUGCGGAUUGUGGAAUGUUUUUACACAAUAUUGGGCGGGUAAGAAUAUCUAUCGAGGCAUAUCGAUCAUGACGAGUGUAUGACCUGUUCCUCAACUGAAAGAGAGAAACCAGUCACUGUUCAGUGUUCAAGCUCUUCGAGAAAGCAACCCUGACUUUUAUGUUCAUAUGUUGGUUUUCAGAUGACAAUGUCCAUUGAAUGUCGCAAAAUGUCGUGAUAGACAGUAAGCUGUCAAGUCACAGCUACUACUGAUGUUGUUGCAGUUCGAUUGUUGAGUAGUUAAGAGUACUUGCGAUCAAAGAAGAACCGUAUGUUUGAAGACAUUUAACACUUUUGGGGCUCAGAGCUUCUUUUUACAGAUUACAUUAACACAAUGCAACCCCCGGUACAAUUAUAUUACUAAGCAGUGGAGAGAUUUCCAACACAGUUUUAGUGAUUAAAUUAUUGUGGAGAUGGAACGGGGUGAAUUAUUUUUAGCCUUGUAUGUUUGGUCCCAUUUUAGUAUGUUUGGUUCCAUUUGCAGCUUAAUAACAACAGUUACAAA